AUGGUUCCUUCUCUUGCUUUAAAUAUUAUCCUAAUAUCAUCCUCCCUUUUGCUUACUACAUUUCUUUUACAAACAAAAAGAGGACAUUUACGUUCAAAAUGUGAAAAAUCUUGGAUACUAACCACAACCGUAACCUCAGUUGUUAGCUUGAGCACUAUACCUUUUCUUUAUCAAGCCUUAAGAUCCAAAUGGGAAUGGAUCGAAAAAUUUAUUCCAAAAGAAAAUGUCUUGAGUAUAAUGAUAUUAUGGAUUUUCUUAACUGAAGUAAUAACUUUAGUUUUCGUGACACCGAGUUCCCAAACUCUUGUUGUUACUACUUCUGAAUUAACUACUAAUUCUGAAAUCUCUUCGUUAAAACAUUCAAAAUUUCAAAACUUUUGCGCUACCACCAUAACUUAUCUUGCUGCAAGAAUUUUAUUUCAUAGUUUAUUGGUCUAUUUUUAUUGUCAAUAUUUUCUUGGUUUGAACAAUUAUACCGAUCCUGAAUUAUUUGGCAAUAAAAAUACUUCAACUACAAAGUCGAAUUCUCAAAGAGAAAGAGAUUAUUCGACUGUAAGUUUAUUUUCAGUGAUUUAUGCAUUACAAUGUUGGUGGUCGCGUAAGUUUAUCAAGCAACAAUUAAGCUUGAGAAAUCAAUUUAAAAAAUCAAAAGUUCUUCAAAAUAUCUUGUAUAGUCAAGAUGAAUUGAAACAGGUGUUGGAUGAUUUACAGCAAAGUUCUGUAAAGAAGAAUGUUCGAAUAAUUGAACCUAGGAAUGAUGAUUAUUCAUAUACGAUACGAAAGAGGUUUAAUAAACGACAAAGAAUGUUUCAAUUAAAACCUAGCGUGCCUACUAUCUUUGAGGAAGAUGAGUCUGAAGUGCGAUUUGAAUAUGAAUCUAAUGAGAUUACGAAUUCGGAAUAUGGUUAUUUAACAACUAUAAUUGAAGAGGAUGAGGAUGAAUCAGGUGAUAGUGGAUAUAAUAGUAGUAAUGAAAAAACUUCGGAUCCGUGUGAUGAACAAUUCCUUAAUAUUGAUGGAUUGGACUAUUCUUCAAUUAAAAAAUCUCCUCAAUUCCUUAUGACUUUCUAA